AUGACACCAACUGACCCUGAACUACUGGAGCAGCUAUGGAUUCAGCUGUAUCGCUAUUUGCCAGGACCAUCAAUGGGACCAAACUUAUCUUCUGAAUCAUCAACCAGCAUUGAACUUUCUGUAAGCGUUGACAAUUUGGAAUUAUUAUAUCAUAAAAAUCAAUUGAUUUGUCGUGCAAGUCUAACAUUAUUUGCUGAAUGGCCAGUAACUGAUUCACGAGUAAUUGAAAGUAAUUUAGUCAAUAUGGCUGGAGGUGGUGUACGUCUUGAUGUGGACAAAGUAUGGCAUCCACAAUUAGUUAUAAAAGGUGCAUUCAAACAUGAGCGGUUUCAUCAACGUCUAGAAUUGCGUACUGUAUAUUCUGGUAGUAGUAAUUCCCUGUCUAAAUCAACAAAUCCUACCAAUUCUUUGAAUAGAGCAUCACAUUCAGGACAAGUUGUACGUGGAUUACCAAAUGAAUCGUCAAUUCAGUCAAUUCGUUCUCAUAAUCGUGCUAAAACGUUAAAAGUGGUUCCAGACGGAGAUGAACCAAAUUAUGCAUUCAUGGAAAGUAUCCUUGUGGAAGUUCCAUGUCAAGAGCCAAAAAAAUUCCAUUAUAUCGGUGCUGUUGUUUGUCCAAUAUGGAUAAAACAAGAAGGUUACAUUAAAACACAACCAGUCAUUAAAUGGACUGAACGUAAAUGUUGUCUACUCUCGAAUGAUGUACAAAAGAAAUCAUCUUAUUUAAGUGUUACAAAACGUUAUGAUGAACAUUUGGACAAGUCUGGUCCAGAUCAAAGUCUUGGAAUUAAUAUUUGUUUCUCACAAACUGGUCGAAUAUUUCAAGGUAGUUUACCUCCAGUGUUACUUGUACUCAUUUCUAUCCUACUACUAUGGACUAAUCAACUAGGUACACAGAAUCUUAUGUGUACACAAUGUAUUUUAUUCUUGCUUUCAAUUACAUUCUGGUUAUGGAUCAAUGAACAACAUUUAAACAAUGCCAAAUUAUUUGGAUGCCUCAGUGUAUGGUGUUUCAUGUGUUCAAGUACCAUUUUUUUCAUCUACUUGUUUGUUUUAAUACAUCAUCGUUUGGUGUGUCGAUUUUUACAAAGAAAAUCUCAACAACUGGAUCGUUUCUCGUCGUUAGGCUUAAAUCAUAAUCACAAUAAUCAUAAUAAUAUUAAUCAGAAAACAACUUCAACCGGUUUUAAUGCCGACGGUCCAAUUCAUGAACGUAUGAUGAAUGGAUUAGGGUUGAUGCAAAAUUAUGGAUGUUGUGGCAAUUGUGAUGCAUGUCCAGAUUCAUGUACGAGUUGUUUGGCAGGAAGAACAAGUACCGGGUUUAUUUCAUCGAAUGGUACAGCUGUGUGUUAUAGUAAUAGUAGUUGUGGUUUAUCUGGUGGAAGUGGUCAUGCAUGUCAAGCAAUACCGAUAUUAUCGACAAAUCAAACAGUAAACAGUAAUAAUCAUAACAAUAGUCCAGGACCGAUAGGACUUAAUCAAUCAAUGGGUUUAUCAACUAAUAAGCGAGAGAAUUAUGGUGACAGUUAUUUAUGCUCAGGUAGUUCAGAGUCGGGCAACGGCAUGAACAGCGGUACAUUUCGUGGAUUAAGAUGGCGAAAUUCACGUCGGGCCAACAAUAUGAUGAAUGCGUUAGGUGUGGAUUUCAAUCAAUCUGAUUGUCAUGUAUGUCAAGCACAUUUUCUCAAUGAUAAUAACAAUAAUAAUAAUAAUACCAAUUUGUCGACAUCUCCUACAACUGCUGUUCUCGGUGCUUUUCUACAACAUCAUCAUCAUCACCAUCAGCAUCCUCCGCAUCAGUGUUAUUUAUGCAAGUCAUCUUGUACACCAUAUAUGAAUGUGUACAAAUUCAAUGUAAAUAAUUAUCCAUCAACUUAUUGUUUAACUGCAUUGAAAACAUUGAUCACUGUGUGUUUUUGUUUAAUCAGUGCAAUUUAUUGGAUUAGUAUAUUUGCACAAGGUACAUUGCCUGAAACAUGUUUAGGUGUAUCACAAUGUCAACUGAUCGAUAAUAAUCGUUCAUAA